AUGUUCGGUAGUUCUUCCGCCCCGAGAACUGAGUCGCCUUCAUCCCGACCAAACUCCGGCUCUCCCUACACUUCCCAGGACGCUUUUUUGACUGCGCACACUUCCUUCUCACCGGAUCCUCCCAGUCCGGCUUCUGGCAAUGUCUCUCCGGCUCACAUAUAUCCAUCUGCAUCACCCACGAUAGCCACAACUCCCACCGGGCUCCGGAAGUCUAUAUCCGUCGACUCUUUUGUCAACCUCAAGCACCCUGGCAUGACCGCCUCAAGACAGAAGCCGGCCAGUCCCCUUUCCACCGAAUUCCUUCCUUCGCAGUCAGAUGUCGACCGCUUCCCCACCACAUCCGCGCGCCCCAUGGACACGGCUUCGAGUGGCUUCCGGCCUCCUUGGGCUGACCGCGAUAAGCGGUCCAUCCUCACCCAGUCUGUUUCGUCACGUAGUCGCGGCACCAGCAUCAGCACCGCUACUGACGACCGUGACCUCGACGACUCCGACAUGGAACGUUCGGACGAGUACGCGAGGCGGACACGGAAAGGAAAACAGGCGACUCGUCAGUCUGUACGCCCGGGCGAGCUGCCAAUGCCUCCCCGUCUUUAUACCAGAGGGUCCGUACCUGCCAUGCAUCUCAGCCGGGCGGGCGCGCCAUCAUCCCCUUCUCGCAGUAGCAGUCUCAGCAUCAGGGGAUCGAGGUCUAAGAUGCCGAUGUCGGUGCAUUCAGAGCAUUCAGAGAUCGCCCCUCUAGUUGACCUCACUCUACUUGUCGUCGGGCCUCAAGGCUGCGGGAAGUCUAGUGUCGUCCACAAGGGCCUGAAGCAAUAUUCGCUAGGGAUGCCUGAGGAGAUCAAUGUUGAUAUCGACGGAGGGAACGGGGUCUUCACAUAUACUGCCAGGAAAGGCGUCAUCCCAGCAGAUGACAAUACCUCUGCAUGCGAGCUGCGUGUUCUGGAAGCAGAUGUUUCCACGUUUAGUCUCGCUCGGGGAAUCUGGGAGGACGCUACUGAUACCUGGAAUGGUAUAGUCAUCUGCUACGAUGUUACAGAGCCGAACUCCUUACAACACGUUGAGGACCUCCUCCGCGCAUUUGGCGACUUCCGUGCCCCAACCAUUGUGCUUGCAUGCAAGUCUGAGCUUCCUGCCGAAGUAAAUCCCGCGGAUGCAGCACGGAUGCUAAAUCAAUAUGAUGUUGGUCUGAUUGAAGUCACAACGGCGAGCGAGGACGGUAAGGCGCGCAUUCGUAACGCCUUCCGGUGGAUUUUUACCGCCGUCUCAUCUCAACUCAAGUAUGGUCAUGAUUGGGUUCGCAACCCGGCCUCUCCGGCGAUGCUUGCGUCCCCUUCAUUGCCUCCGUGGGACAUCUCACGCGCGUCAUCUGCCACUCCGACCGCAUCGUCGUCUAUGCUCGCGUCUCAGCAGCAUUCUCCGACAAGUCGCACAUCAAUCGGCCACUCUGCCUCGCAGUCUACCUCGCAGGUUCCACGUGGAUACCAUCUACCACUUACCAGCAGUACCCCUACUUCGCCUCCGACACCUGCAUCUCCUACCCGUGCACGCUCGACAAGCGAUCUUCUGUCUGAGCACGAAAAGUACAAGCGUGAAGAACGCGACUCAGUCUACAAUGCUCCGCGCAACGGUAGCCGCACGUCAUUACAGGGCGCCCCUCCGAUUGCUGGACUUAGUGCAGAGAGUGCUACGGACAUUUCAACAGAAGCAGCAAGAGAUCCUUCGGUGAAGGAGUCCCGAGCGCCUCCAUGGAUGAGUCUUGACGACUUGCUCAACAAACUUUUGUUCAUGGCUGUCUGCGACGACGAUCCCCUCUUCAUAUCACACUUUCUGUUGACAUACCGUCGCUUUGCGAGUCCACGAACCGUCCUACUGGCCAUGCAGAAACGGAUGCGCGCACUUGAUCUCCCCGCUGGUGAUCCAAUGUUUGCAUGUUACGCGCAGAUGCGGGUUUGCCAGCUUCUAGAUCAUUGGAUCAGUCUAUAUCCCACCGACUUUGCCGUUCCCGGGGCCUCGAGUGCAUUGGCUGCACUGAUCAAAUCCAUCUUGAACAAGACCUACUUGUUACACUAUGGCGCAGAGUUCCUCCCUUUCCUUGAAAUGGUCUCGAGCCUAAGGGAUAAGGACUCUUCGUGGGCUCUCAAAAUUGAAGACGAAAGCUCGGAUACGUCAAGUAUAUCAGAUGAAGAGCAUUUCAUCGUAGACCACAGUGUCGCUGAACGGUCUGCCAGUCCUUCUCCGGUACCUGUGGAAACCGCCCCUGUCACUACUUUGGCACCAUCUGGGUUCACAAGAGAGCGCAAGGCGAGCCUCCCUCUCUCCGCCAAGGCUCUGAUCGCCGUGCCAUCCACGUCUGGUAGCAGUUUUCACGAUCCAUCAUAUGGCAUAGGCAACCACCUGUCAACGAAGACUAUCCUCCGGGCCCUUCAAAGUGCCAGCCAUAGUCUCCAUCUCUGCGAUCCAGCAGAUAUCGCACAAGAGCUCACCCGAAUACAGUGUCAAUUCUUCCUGCGUAUAGAGCCACGGCACUGGUUACAGCAUGUACUUGUGCAAGGCAAGAAGGAUACAGAAUCGGAUCCUAUCACCGUCUACAAUCUCAUUUCGAACCAUUUCGGCGAAUGGGUGGUUUCGUUGAUUCUUUGUCACGACAAGCCCAAGGCUCGUGCUCGACAAAUCGAAAAGUUCAUCGACGUCGCCAACCGGUUGCGCAAUAUUCACAACUACUCCGGUCUCCGUGCUAUCAUUGCUGGGAUCAACAGUGCGACUUUCGAUGGGGACGAGUCUCUGGAACUCCUGCGUACGAAGGCCAGCGAUCACUGGAAGAACUUCCAGCAAUGGGAUCAGCUGCUUCAAUCCGUGCGUUCACAUCAGAAGUAUCGGAUGGCCUUGAGGAACACCAAGGGCGCAUGUAUACCCGCACUCGAGAUCCACCUUUCUGAUCUUCUUCGUGCCCAUGAAGGCAAUCCUGAUUACCACGACGAUGAUCCUAACAAGAUCCACUGGGCAAAGUUCAACAUGAUGGCGCGUUUCAUCGACACAAUCGUGGGGUGUCAGAAAGGAUGUCGUGAGAGUGGCGAAUACGAUCGAUUCCCGGAUCGCCAGAAAGUUCGCGAGCUCUUCCUCAUCCAGCAAGAAGACAUGCUUAUGGACUAUGAGAUGCAACGGUCGCGUAUAGCGCCCCCAGAGCUUGACUAUGAUGAACCAGCCCCGCCAAGAGGACCACGCGUCGCAGUACGGGAUCAAACCCACAAGGACGCCGCGCUCUUCCGCAAGCUCCUCAACUUCUCAUGGAACUGA